AUGCCUUACAAAAGAACUUACAAGAAGAGAAACACAGCCACCAGCCAAAGGGCUGCCGCUGAAGUAGCUCACGAAGAUACUGUUCCGACUCAGGCAACAGCUCCAGCCGCCCCUACCGUUACACCUCCUAGUGCUUCAGAUGGAGAUGUUAGGAGUGCUAUCAACAUGCUCACACAACUGGUAGCAGCUCAGGCCCAACGUCAGGAAUCUGGGUCGAGUUCAGGAGUAGAGGUCAGAGAGGCUAAGGCUGAACAAUUCCUGAAACUCAAACAAAAUGGCAAGUCAGUUCAAGAUUACUAUUUGGAGUUCGUUAGUCUGGCUAAACAUGCUCCACACAUGUUACCCGAUAUGAGGGCAAGAGUGAGAAGAUUCGUUGGAGGUCUUGAUUCCCAUUUGUAUGACGGAGCCAAUAUUGUUGCACAGAAUGGGACAACGACUAUUUCCAAGAUGGUUGCUUUUGUACAGGGCAGUGAGACAAAGCUAAAGGAGGAAGAAGCCUUACAAAAAGAGAAAGACAAGGAGUUCAACAAGAGGAACUUUAGACCAUCGAAUUCUUAUUCUCAAGCUAGUGUGGGUCAGUCAGCUUAUACCAUUCCAGCUUGUAGGAAGUGUAGCAAGAGACACUUAGGUGAUUGUCGUGUGGGUACAAAUGCGUGCUAUGGUUGCGGUCAGAAGGGCCAUUUUCAGAAAGACUGUCCAUCAGCCAGACAGGGUACUGGAGGUAAUGUGACGCAAUCCACAAAUUCAGCAGUCCCUCGUAACAAUCAGGCCCAAGGGGGAACAGUGCAGCUAGGUCUGGAAACACAAGCGGGGGAAGAAACCGUUGAUAUUCCGAAAACAGCUUUCAGGACUCGCUAUGGCCAUUUUGAAUUUCUUGUUAUGUCAUUUGGGUUGACAAAUGCACCAGCUGCUUUCAUGGAUCUUAUGAAUAGGGUCUUCAAGCCUUAUCUCGAUUUAUUCGUCAUUGUCUUCAUUGAUGAUAUUUUGGUGUAUUCUCGUAAUGAGGUCGAUCAUGCAGAACAUCUCAGAAUAGUGUUGCAGACUCUUAGAGAUCGUGAGCUUUUUGCAAAAUUCUCAAAGUGUGAGUUUUGGCUUAAAUCAGUGGCAUUCUUAGGCCAUGUGAUCUCGGGUGAAGGUGUUAAAGUUGAUUCUCAAAAGAUUGACGCCGUAAAGAGUUGGCCCAGACCCACCUCAGUUUCUGAUAUAAGAAGUUUCUUGGGUCUGGCAGGCUAUUAUCGACGCUUUGUAGAAGGAUUUUCUUCUAUCUCUGCUCCGUUGACUAAGCUGACUCGGAAGAAAGUUAAGUUCCAAUGGUCAGAUGCUUGUGAGCGAAGCUUUGAGGAAUUGAAAAGAGAUUGA